CUAUCGUCAGUUUGUAAUUCAACAGCAACUAACUAUCAUCAUGGCAGUGAACUGAAUGUUGAUGUUGCAAGACAAAGUUCAUCAGAGGUUUACACAUGAAAAUAUCUACUACCAGUCAAGAUAAUGGAGGACAAUUCACAUAAAGGAGGAAGAAAACUUAGGGAAUCUUCAAGGGCAGUGAAACACCUGAAUACAGCUGAGAUUGCUGAGUUCCUUGCUGAAUCAGAUGAUGAGCUUUUCCUAGACAAUUCAGAUGAAGAUCCAGAUUAUGAGGAUGGUGAUUCUGAAAGUGAUGGUGAGGAUGGUGAUCAUACACCUGAGCAUCUGGACAUUGUUGAUGAUCACCAGAUCGAAAAUCAGCAGACUGUUCAAAAUACAGUACAGCCUAAUCUACGAGAUGAAAUUUGGUUUAGUGAAAAAGACAAUUCUCAUUCUGUAGGUGUUCCUGAAUUUCUGGGUUCUCAUAAGGUCAAUUUUGUAGGGGAUGUUCCAUUAGAUUAUUUUUUGAAACUUUUCUCAAUUGAUUUGUUGGAGGAAAUUACAUUCCAAACAAAUUUGUAUGCUUUACAAAAGGGUAAAGAAAAUUUAGCAUUGUCUAUAUCAGAAUUGAAAAUAUUUUUAGGUGUUGCUCUAGUUAUGUCAUACAUAAAGUAUCCUAGGAUAAGACAAUACUGGUCACAACAGGCAGGACUAAGAAUGGACCUUAUUGCUGAUGCAAUUUCAGUAAAUCGAUUUGAGGAGAUCAGGCAGUACCUUCAUUUCAUUGAUUCAAAUUCAAUUCCUGCUAACAAUACUGAUAAAGCUAUUAGAGUAAGACCAAUUCUUGAUAAGUUACAUGAGAAUUUUCAUGCUGCUGUUGAUGCAGAAGAGUGCCACAGUGUGGAUGAGAUGAUGAUACCCUUCAAAGGGCGCUCUUCUCUCAAACAAUACCUUCCCAGAAAACCAAAACGUUGGGGUUAUAAGAUGUGGGUUCGAGCAGGAAUCUCAGGCUAUGUUUACUGUUUUGAGUUGUACCAGGGUGCUUCUGGGGGCCGAGCAGAUAUAACUGAUUGUGGGGCUGUAGGAGAUGUGGUUCUCAGACUAUGCCAUGAUCUGCAUGGCAAGAAUCAUAAGGUGUAUGCAGACAACUUGUUUUCUUCAAUACCUUUAGUUAAAAAACUCAGAGAUUCAGAAAUAUGGUAUGUGGGUACAAUGAGAAUCAACCGAAUGAAGAAUGCUGAUAGAAAACUGAAAAGCCACAAGGAUCUCAAACAAGAAGGUCGAGGUAGUUCAUCACAAGUUACAUCAAACAAUGAUGUAACUAUUACUCGUUGGUUGGAUAAUUCAUUAGUUCAUGUGGUAUCUUCCUAUGCAGGGAAAACUCCAGAAAGUGAAACUGAGAGAUUCAGCAGGAAAGAGAAAAGGAGAGUACCAAUUAAAAGACCAUUUAGUGUUGAUUUAUACAAUAAACAUAUGGGGGGAGUGGAUUUGAUGGACUCUCUGGUUGCAUUGUACCGAAAUGAUGUGCGCAACAAGCGGUGGUAUAUGCGAAUAUUUUAUCACAUGCUGAAUGUAACUGUAGUAAAUGGAUGGAUUCUAUGGAAGUGGAAUGACCACCAGAAAAUGGACUUGUUGGAAUUUAAAAGUCGAGUUGCUUCAGGUCUGAUCUAUACAGGACUGGCUGAACUGAAUCGUAAAAAAAGGGGACGUCCUUCUUUAGAGGAGCAAACACCAGCACCAGUGAAAAAAAGAGUUACAAAUUCAGUUCCUUUAGAACUGAGAUUUGAUGGAGGGUCUCACUUUCCCAAAAAAACUGAGGGAAAAUUUGCAAAUAGGUGCAGGGAUAAGCACUGCCAAAGUAAAACAAGGUAUGAAUGUAACACAUGCAAAGUACCAGUUUGUCCUGAGUGUAUGUUAUCCUUUCACACCAAGUGAGUAAUAUGGCAUAUAACUGAUUGAUUGAUUGAUAUUUUAUUUCUGUAUUGUUUUUUGUGUAUUUAAAUAUUACCCUAUUUUUAUUGUAAAAUUAUUCUUGUGUAUUUACUAAUAUUAAUAAUAAUAUUCAUGGUGAAUAAAAGUAUUACAAAACAA